AUGGCUUCGGAGGUGUCCUCGAUAUUGCCAUCAUAUCUGACACCUGCAAUACCCUACCAUACAUUCAAUCGCAUGCAAGUCGCAUGUAUUGAGGCAUGGGACAGCGAUUGCAACAUGCUCGUCUCAGCGCCUACUGGUUCUGGUAAAACUCUUUGCUUUGAACUUGCCCUUCUUCGCUACUUGCAUCUUGCUCUCACUUCAUCGGAGAAAAAGUACCUACCUGCCAGUGGUUUACCCAGGAAGGUGGUGUUUAUUGCUCCCACUAAAGCCAUUUGCAUGGAAAAGGGACAUGACUGGAAACGGCGAUAUGCGUUUCUCGGCUUACGGGUUGAAAUCAUGACAGGAGAUGUGUAUGCGGCAGGUUCCAAUUCAAUCUUGCUGAAUGCUGACCUGAUCUUGACGACUGCUGAAAAGUGGAAUAGCCUCACGAGGAAUACUUGUUCCCAAGCAGUACCCGGCGUUUUGUCCAAUAUUGCUUUGCUCUUCGUCGAUGAAGUCCACCAUAUAGGGAACUCACGAGGUGGUACACUUGAAUCUGUCAUAACUCGCAUGUUUGGCACCAGCGACCAACUCAAGCAGAACAUAUCAUCUGCUCAAGUUCAGUCUCUGCGUGUCAUUGCAUUGUCUGCCACCGUCAAAAAUGUCGGGGAGGUCGGACGCUGGCUACGAGUUGACCCGGAACAUAUUUUGCAGUUCGAUCAAAGCUACAGGCCUAUUCAACAGCUGAUGAACCCACAGCUUUCGGACUUGCAGACAGCGAGUGUCGAGGAUUCGGAACAGAAAGGAGGUAAUAUUGGAUGUACGAUUGGGUUGGUGUGCCUUGGGGUUGUAGGGGUUGUGCUGGCAAUAUUUGUUGUUAAUGACAGCUCUACGAGGGGUCGCAAGUGCAGCAGCUGCUACCGCACCUGCCGCAGGUGA